AUGCACGAUUACAAAGAUACAAUAUUCAAACUGGUUGGCAGGUUCAACAUUCAGGGCGGAGUCAUGAAGCAGGCGUUCGCAACAAAUCUCUUACGUGAAAAUGGUCUUCAGCCAUUUAACGACAAAAAGCAUCGGGAAGAACAGAUUGGCAUCCUUGUCAUUUCUGAGGCAGAAUAUAACAAGCCUAGCCAUUUCGUUGAACCUAAAACAGUUUGUGUGGAUGACAAAGAUGCCAGGGAUGAUGAUAAAAAGUAUUUGGACAGCGAGUGUCAGGAUGAUGACUAUGAGGAGGGCGAUGGCGAUGAUGAGUCUGACGAUGAUGAGCCUGACGAUGAUGAGUCUGAUGUUGAUGAGUCUGAUGAUGAUGAGCCUCCGGGUUAUGAGUACGAACAUGAUGAAGAGUCUGAGGAUGAAGCGUAUUGGAAGAAAGCGUAUAAGCAUGAGUCUGAAGAUGAAGAGUCUGAGGAUGAAGCGUAUUGGAAUAAAGCGUAUAAGGGUGGUUGGCAUGAGACUGGUAAUAGGAAGCGGUAUAAUGAUAGCCGCCGGCUUCGGAGUCAAGCCCUAGUUUAUCUGGCAGCUCCACUGACUUAA